AUGCUUACGUAUUUAGUGAAAUAAAUAAAUCAAUUAAAAAAAAUUAUAUACGAGGAAGCUUCUUCGUUGACGACAUCGGAUCUGCUGGCCAAAUUAAAAAUAAAAGAGCUCAUCGUAAAAUGUUAAAUCUAUAAAUCGAUGUUCAAAGUGUUUUCUUGUUCGACAAACUCGCUCAUAAAUUCUGUUGAUUAUUUCGCAAAAGAUUUGACACAACUAAAAAGCAACUCGUAGGCCAAACUUAUUACUUAUAAGCAAAAACGCACAAUUUACUGGAUUAUCGGACCAAAACCAUCACAUUUUGCCUUGGGGCCAAACCAAGACCAAUCAGGAUACCAACAAAAAUAACAACAAACAUACUCCAGACAGAUAUCAUCAUCGUUGGAAAUAGACCUCGUGUCAUUCCAAAAGGCGCACAUGGGCGUCUGCACCGAGGAGCGCCCUGUGAUGCAUUGGCAGCAGAGCGCAAGAUUUCUUGGGCCCGGCGCAAGGGAGAAAAGUCCAACACCACCUGUAGCACAUCAAGGGAGCAAUCAAUGCGGCAGUGCUGCAGGUGCAAAUAACAAUCAUUCAUUGUUUCGCACAUGCUCCACAUCCUCGUGCCCAGAUAUUUGUGAUCACAGUACAAAGCCAUUUGGCAAUGCAUACGGCAGCGAGUCAUAUAGAAGCUAUGAGACCGCCGAUCGCGCCACAUUCGAAGACUCGGCAGCUAAAUUCUCAAUUAGCCGCAGUCGCACGGAUUGCACGGAGGUCAGUGACGAGACCACAUCGGGCAUAUCAUUUAAAACGGAGCCCUUUGGACCACCCAGCAGCCCCGAAUCCACCAACGAUAGCAAAGUAACCCGCAAUCCAGACGAUUGCGCCGGCUGCGGCAGACAAAUACAGGAUCGUUUCUACCUCUCCGCUGUGGAAAAACGCUGGCACGCCAGCUGCUUGCAGUGCUAUGCAUGUCGUCAGCCGCUGGAACGGGAAUCCUCAUGUUACUCACGUGAUGGCAACAUUUAUUGCAAAAACGAUUAUUAUAGUUUUUUUGGUACUCGCCGCUGUUCCCGCUGCCUGGCCUCUAUUAGCUCCAACGAGCUGGUGAUGCGCGCCCGCAACCUGGUCUUUCACGUCAACUGCUUCUGCUGCACGGUCUGCCACACGCCGCUCACCAAGGGUGAUCAGUAUGGCAUCAUCGAUGCGCUCAUCUAUUGCAGAACUCACUAUAGCAUAGCGAGGGAGGGAGAUGCCGCCUCGUCGAGCAUGAGCGCCACAUAUCCGUAUAGCACACAGUUUGGAUCGCCGCACAAUGACUCGUCGAGUCCUCAGUCGGAUCCCAGUCGUAGUAUUGUUCCUACGGGCAUCUUUGUGCCCACAUCGCAUGUCAUCACCGGACUGCCGCAGCCGGCGCGUCAAAAGGGCAGACCGCGCAAGCGCAAACCCAAGGAUAUUGAGGCGUUCACCGCGAAUAUAGAUCUCAACACGGAAUAUGUGGACUUUGGGCGCGGCUCGCACAUGAGCGCCUCGUCGCGGACCAAGCGAAUGCGCACCUCGUUCAAGCAUCAUCAGCUGCGCACCAUGAAGUCCUAUUUUGCAAUCAAUCACAAUCCCGAUGCCAAGGAUCUGAAGCAAUUGUCACAGAAAACGGGUUUACCAAAGAGAGUCCUGCAGGUUUGGUUUCAGAAUGCUCGAGCCAAGUGGCGUCGCAUGAUGAUGAAGCAGGAUGGCAGCGGCAUGAUGGAGAAGGGCGAUGGCACUUUGGAUCUGGACAGCAUUUCGGUGCACAGUCCGUCAUCGUUUAUGCUGGGCGGUGCAAACAGCACGCCGCCCCACAAUCUCGACUAACAGCUGCUCAGGGAGCACCAGAAUGCCACCACAAAUAAAUCCAGCAAUGCAGACACAGACUCGGGUAGCGCCGCCGCCGACGCUGCUGCUACUGCUGCAGCAGCCUACGCAAUUGAGUUGCAACUGCUGCAGUCAAGUGGCAAUGGACGCUGCUCGCCGGCGCUGCUUUCGUUGGCGGACCUGUUGAAUGGCAGUGACGAUUAGCUUGUACUUGAAUCAAAUACUCAAAACUCCAUACAACACAUGCACACACACACACACACACACACAUACACACACGCACACACACACA